AUGAUCCUCCAGUUGGAGAAUCGCAUCGAAUACGAGUCGAAGUUGAACCGAUUGCUCGAAUUCUGCGGCGACGAUUACAUGUACAGAAAACUGACGGUGAUAGCGGAGCCUGGUUCAAGAGACUGGCUGAGCUCCAAGGUCUUCCGGAAAGUAAACGAGGCUUACCAAACGCCCGUCGAGCUCUUCGACGACAUAAAGGCACUGAAGAGCGUCGGUUGGCAAGCCUGCGUCGUGCUCUGCAUAUCGGCCGAGACGGUUGUCGCGUUCUCCAGCUCGCCGGAAGAGCGUCUCUGGAUCCCAGGCAAUAUGUACGUCAUCUACGUGCCGAAAGGACUCGGCGAAGUAUCGCCCGAGGAGUUCAGAAGCUUGGGCAGCCUCCUCUGGCGGCGGAACUACGUUCAUAAAGUCGUACUGUCGACGGAAGGUAGGAACCUUUACUUCGACCCGUUCGAACCCCGCGAACUAGGCGGCUUCGGGGCGCUCAGAAACCUCGAAGACUCGGUGGAACCCCUGAAGAAGCGGCAGACCUUCGCCGGCUACGAAGUGAACAUCUCUAUGUUUCCUUACUUGACACUGCAGUGGAAGGAUGGUCGGUACGUUGGACUCGAGGCGAACUCCAUGCUCGAAAUCUGCGCUCGGAUGAACGUCACUCCGCAACUCUACGAACCACCGGAGAAGUUCGGAUGGUUCUGGAACGGUACCUUCACCGGGACUCUCGGCAGACUCACCUACCACCAGAGCGACCUCGCCUUCAACGAGUUCUUCGUCAAGAACUACGGGACCGAGAACCUCGAGUACACGACCUACCUCAGCCUCGAUCAGAUAUGCGUGAUCGUGCCGCGCAGAGCGCGGGUACCCGAGUACCUUAUGAUGGUCAGGAUCUUCAGCCCCCUCACCUGGGCUCUGAUAUCUUUUGGUAACGCCGUGCUCGCUAUGGUUUACGUAAUCGUGACCCACCUCAGCGUCGGUCGGACCAGAGAUCAGACUUCGGCCAAGUCUUGUCCCGGUAUCAGGAUACAAGACUUCGUAGCUGCCUGUGUGUUCUACUCCUUCUACCCCAUGAAUUCCAACACGAAGUGGAUCAGCGAACGGGUUCACAUCGCUUCUGGACUUGUACUCGGCGUAGUUGUUAGCGGGUAUUUCACCAGCCAGCUCGCCUCGAGCUUCAGCAAACCUGCAUUCUUGAAGAACAUUGACACUCUUGAGGAACUCGAUCACAGCGGACUGAAGAUCUUGACGAACUAUCCAAAUCUGCUGUCGGACGUGUUUGCCGACGACGAGCCGUCAACGCUGCGGAAUCUUCAGGCCAAGCUGACGCUAAAUAACGGCUCGGAGAUCGAAUGGCACGUUUUCCAUGCUCGGGACGCAGGAUUCCUUGAACGUGAGCAGAGCGCUCUGCUCGAGGGAAGCACCGUUAUUGGACUGCACGUGGUUCCGGAUUGCCCGAGAAAAUACCACCUGGCCUAUCCAAUCGCAAAGGGUUCGCCUUUCCAGCCACGACUGAACACCUUAAUCGGAAGACUCCACAACGCUGGUUUCUACCGCAAAUGGUUUGAGGACCUGAAGAGGCGGCCCGAGCCCAUUUACAAUAGCAGACCAGUCGUUAUAAGGCUGCACCACUUGUACGUGCCCUUUUUCCUACUGAUCGGAGGGCUCGGAGUAUCGGUGGUUGUAUUCUGUUCCGAGAUAAAGGGGUCAUUUGUGAGAACGGAGAAAAGCGGCAAGAAGAAAGCAUAACGAUGAAGAACCAUGGCUUCACGUACUUCGUCCGCAUCGGUUUCAGUUUUCCUGCACCUCCACGGCUCAAGCCUUGAGAGUAGAACGACCGACUUUAGCUCCCUUCACAUCUAUUCCCCCUUCUCGUUACGUAACUUGCCCGAGAUAACGGGCGCUUUUACCAUCAAAUUGUAGGAGUUAUACUUAGUCAGGUUUUUUCAAAAAUCGAUUAUUUUUUAUUUCACUUUCGUAAUGUACAUAUAUUCAAGUACAUACACAGAAAAUUUCAUGUCGAUCCGACAAAUAUUCUUGAACUUACACGCACACUUGCAAAGACGCCCCGGAGCGUUUUAAAGUGCUUGUGAAGCUUUGAACGCGUUUUUCUCAGAACUAUGUCUUCAAAGUCGGUGAGCAAGAUUUCUCGAAAACGGCCAAACCGAUCGGUCUUAAAUUUUUACACAAGCUUUAGGAAUAUAUCUCUUAGUCCUUAAUCGAAGGUUGUUUCUCGCCGAUAAAUAUUUUCCAUUUUAUAAACAAACUAAGGCAAAAAUUUUUAUUGUAAGCUUUUGAGAAGGCGCCGUUUUGUUAAAAAUUAAUAUUUUGUUUAUUUCUUCGAUUAAAGACCAGAUAAUACCUUAUAUCAACUAAAUCUUUUUCGUUCUUUCAUUUCGGAUGAUCCAGUCCAAAGAUAUCUCGCUCACCGCAAGGCGACUUUUUUUUAGUGGUGCUCCCGGAGAUCGGUUAUAACAGCUUUGAAAAUCGUGAUUAUUACAAAUAAAAAAUAUCAGAACGAAGCUCAAUGUUACCCCGAUAUGUAUAUACAUUUUUAUAUCAAUUCAUUGAAAUGUCUCUUCAUAAAAAAUCCUUGAGAAAUCGCGUUCUUUCGCCCUCUUGACUGGGUGUAACCCCUUAAAUCGCGAAAAAUCUUUUCCAAGUCGUCGAUCAAACAACCCGUCGGAUAUCCGAAGCAGGGAAAAGGGCUCCGCCAGAGAUUCCCGGGUGCACAUGCAUUAUACACGGUAUAAAGGGGCGUUCAAAUUUUCGUGGUAAAAGCACGCGACCCUCUAGUUUAAUUCAAAGCAAUCUGUGUCAGUCGACAGACGACCUCGAUGAGAUCACCCGUCUCAUACCGGAAAUGUCGUUUCCCGGAAUUCCGCUUUUGGAAUAACGAUAAAAUCCAACGGCCCGGACAAAGGGUCGGAGUAAAAGUCGUCGCGCGAUUUUUCCCAUCUCGUAUAUACGACGGUGCGCGGGAAAAAUUUACGGCGCUCUUAUUAAAAACCAAAUUCGCGCGCUGCAGAUCCCCGUUUUGCAUAGUCCCAAAAACGGAGGGGACUUUCGAAUCAGAUUCACCGGCAGCAACUGCUUCAACAGGCUCUCAGCGUCUAUUUUUUUUCUUCCAUGAAUCUUUCACGCAGCCUGUAACAUUUUUCUUCAAGUAUAAUGUAAGGCAUGUAAUAUUAUAUAUACAUGACACGUAAUUUUACCGCGGGUAUAAAACAGAGUCUGAUCUCUUUUUCACCACCGUCUUUUCAUCACCUACCAUCGAAUGGUUUGUAAAUAGCUAUAAAUCCUCCCUCCCGCGACGUUCCUAAGAUUAAAAUAAAGAAAAACAUUCUCGGUAUUUUAUAACCAUUAUAUACUAUUAUAUAUAGUGUUGGCAUCCUGUUCCACAUAAAAUGAUAGACA